CCCAGCAGCAAUGGACUGGCACUUCUUCAGAACAGCUGCAAUGCUGUUCAUUUUUCUGGUGUUGGUGGAAGUUAACAGUGAAUUUCGGAUCCAGGUGAGAGAUUAUAACACUAAAAAUGGCACCAUCAAGUGGCAUUCAAUCAGAAGGCAAAAACGUGAAUGGAUCAAGUUCGCUGCAGCCUGUCGUGAAGGUGAAGACAACUCAAAGAGGAACCCAAUCGCCAAAAUUCACUCAGAUUGUGCUGCAAACCAGCCAGUUACAUACCGCAUCUCUGGAGUAGGAAUUGAUCAACCACCUUAUGGAAUCUUCAUUAUUAAUCAAAAAACUGGUGAAAUUAAUAUAACAUCCAUUGUUGAUCGAGAGGUCACCCCUUUUUUCAUUAUUUAUUGCCGGGCUCUGAAUUCACUGGGUCAAGAUUUAGAGAGACCUCUUGAACUCAGAGUCAGGGUUUUGGAUAUAAAUGACAACCCUCCAGUAUUUGCAAUGUCUACAUUUCUAGGACAAAUAGAAGAAAAUUCUAAUGCAAAUACACUGGUGAUGAGACUCAAUGCUACUGAUGCAGAUGAACCAAAUAAUUUGAACUCAAAAAUAGCCUUCAAGAUCAUAAGACAGGAACCUUCUGAUUCACCAAUGUUUAUCAUCAACAGAUAUACUGGAGAAAUUCGAACAAUGAAUAAUUUUCUAGACAGAGAGCAAUAUGGCCAGUAUUCUCUUGCUGUAAGAGGCUCAGACCGAGAUGGCGGGGCAGACGGCAUGUCAGCAGAGUGCGAAUGCAGCAUUAAAAUCCUUGAUGUCAAUGAUAACAUCCCAUAUAUGGAACAGCCUUCAUAUUCCAUAACUAUUGACGAAAAUGCUCUAUACCCAGAAUUGCUCCAAAUAAGAGUAAUUGAUUUGGAUGAAGAGUACUCAGCUAACUGGAUGGCAGUAAUUUUCUUUAUCUCUGGAAAUGAAGGAAAUUGGUUUGACAUAGAAAUGAAUGAAAGAACAAAUGUGGGAAUUUUAAAGGUUAUUAAGCCCCUAGAUUAUGAAGCUAUGAAGAAUCUGCAACUUAGUAUAGGUGUUAGAAAUAAAGCCGAAUUUCAUCAUUCAAUUAUGUCUCAAUAUAAACUCACAGCAACUGCUGUCUCUGUGACUGUGUCAAAUGUAAUUGAAGGCCCAGUGUUCCGUCCAGGUACAAAGACAUAUGUAGUAAAUAGUAAAAUGGGAGCAAAUUAUAAAGUGGGAGAGUUCGUGGCUAUUGACCAGGACACAGGUGGACCUUCAACAACUGUUAGAUAUGUAAUGGGAAAUAAUCCAGCCAAUCUGCUAGCCGUUGACUCAAAAACAGGCGUAAUCACUUUGAGAAAUAGAGUUACCAUGGAACAAUAUAACAUGCUUAAUGGAAAAUACCAAGGAACAAUUCUGUCUAUAGAUGAUGCUCUUCAGAGAACUUGCACCGGUACAGUUAUUAUUGACCUUAACGGUUCUGGCUGGGAAAAUGGAAGUGAGACUAGUACAAGCAGUGGUGCAGGUCCUAGUACAGAUACCAGUACAUCCAAUGGACAAAGUGGAGCUGUAAGUGGUAACUAUCAGGGUACUCCUGUUGAGACACUUCUCUCAGAUAAUGUACACUUUGGUCCUGCUGGCAUUGGACUACUCAUCAUGGGAUUUUUGGUCUUAUUAUUGGUCCCAUUUUUGUUGAUCUGUUGUGAGUGUGGAGGUGCCCCUGGUGGUGGAGCCGGCUUUGAGCCUGUUCCUGAAUGUUCAGAUGGAGCAAUUCAAUCAUGGGCAAUAGAAGGACCACAGUCUGAACCCAGGGAUUUGGCCACUAUCUGUGUACCACAGAUACCAGCUGAUAAUGCAAAUAUAAUUGAAUGCAUGGACACCUCAGGAGUUUAUACAAAUGAGUAUGGUGGCAGAGAAAUGCAAGAUCUGGGAGGAGGAGAAAGAACAACAGGAUUUGAACUAGCAGAAGGUGUUAAAACGUCAGGAGUGCCUGACAUAUGUCAAGAAUAUUCUGGAACAUUAAGAAGAAAUUCUAUGAGGGAAUGUAGAGAAGGAGCUCUGAAUAUGAAUUUCAUGGAAAGUUACUUCUGCCAGAAAGCAUAUGCUUAUGCAGAUGAAGACGAAGGACGCCCAUCCAAUGACUGUUUGCUCAUAUAUGAUAUUGAAGGUGUAGGUUCCCCCGCUGGCUCCGUGGGUUGUUGUAGCUUCAUUGGAGAAGAUUUGGAUGACAGCUUCUUGGAUACACUGGGGCCUAAAUUUAAGAAGUUGGCAGAUAUCAGCCUGGGGAAAAAAACUGAAUCAUAUCCAGAGCCUGAUCUUGCUUGGCCACCUCAGAGCACUGAACCGAUUUACCCCCAGCAGGGAACAGAGCCUCUGGGUAGUGGACACCCACCAAUCCCCCCACAUUUCGGCACUACCACAGUAAUUUCUGAAAGCACCUAUCCCUCGGGACCUGGUGUACAGCAUCCUGUGCCUAUUCCUGAUCCUCUGGGCUAUGGUAAUGUCACUGUGACCGAGUCUUACACCACCUCUGGCACUCUGAAGCCCUCUGUCCAUGUUCAUGAUAACCGACCUGCCUCAAACGUGGUGGUGACAGAGAGGGUGGUCGGCCCAAUCUCUGGUGCUGAUUUGCAUGGAAUGUUAGAGAUGCCUGACUUGAGGGAUGGGUCGAAUAUUAUAGUGACAGAAAGGGUAAUAGCACCAAGUUCAAGUCUACCUACCUCUCUGACUAUCCCUAAUUCUAGAGAGUCUUCAAAUGUGGUAGUUACAGAACGAGUAAUCCAGCCAACUUCCGGCAUGAUGGGCAGUCUGAGUAUGCACCCUGAGUUAUCAAACGCCCACAAUGUGAUUGUGACAGAGAGAGUUGUUUCUGGCACUGGCAUAAGUGGAAUUGGUGGCACAGCUGGGAUAAGUGGAGGCAGUGGCAUAGGCGGUAGUGGCUUGGUUGGCACCAGCAUGGGUGUCAGUGGCGGGGGCCUGAGUGGAGCUGGAGUCAGUGGUGGCACCAUUGGGCUGAGUAACCUGGGUGGAGGCGGGGGCCUGAGUAGCAGCAUGUCAGGGACAGCCACCAUGGGCCACAUGAGGAGUUCCUCUGACCAUCACUUUAACCAGACCUUUGGAUCCACCUCCCCCAGCACAGCUCGAAGCCGAAUCACAAAGUACAGUACGGUCCAGUAUACCAAGUAGUCCGCAUCCCAGCACACUUUUUCAGAGUACUUGUUCUUUAGAUUCAGUCCUCACCACAAACUAACCAUGUGACUUCCAAUGCACAACUAGAUGCUAAGAUAUUUGUGGAGCAAGGUGAGAAACCACAAUGAGAAAAAUAAAUGGAAACAUAGCUGUGGGGGCAGAGCUCUCCCCAGCAUUUGUAAACUUUCUUCUUACAUUAGUAGUAAUGAAAGCAUGACAGGGAACUAAAACUUAGGCAGGGUCUUCUUUGUGCCUGUGUGGCCUGGAAGGUCUUCUUUGCAUCUGUGUGGCCUGUAGCAUAUCUCCAGCCUUUGGAAUAAAUAAAACUCAGUCAUGUAAUAGCACUGGCCUUAAGGUAGCAAUUGGUAUUCCUUGCUCUGUUUGGAUUUGCCAUGUAGCUCAGGCAACAGUUUAAAAAAACUAAACAUGCGACCUGUGCUCAGUAUGUGGGGACAAUCUGCAAUAUGUGCCAAAAGCCCUGUCAGUUACACAGAUAAUAUAAAUAGAAAUUCAGCCACAGAUUCAACCAGGGUUAACUAUUUUUUUUUAAAUAUGACUACUUAGUCAAGUCCGCAAGCCACCAAGCACUCCUACCUUAAUAACUGCAAUAGUUAAAAUACACUUCAUAUUAGGAAAUGUUUUCCAGAAAAGAAAUUCCACUAAAGUGGGGCAAUAGAGCAAGAUUUUUUUGGAGUAAACUGACAAUAUUCAAGCCUGAAUCUUAAGAGGGGACUUUUAAAUCUCCCGUGGAGCUGAAGACUUUUUUUAUUUUAGUUUGUGUUUAGUGGUAGAUGUAGUCUUGAUGAAUAUUGCUUACUGGUGAGGUUAAGGAAUAUCACACUCAUUUCUCCCUUUACCACUGUGGUUUUGACUUAGUAAAGGAAAACUUGCCAGGUUUACUCUAAGAUUAAAGCAAAUGACACCUGACAUUGUUGUCAUCACAAGUGGUAAAUUACCUGCUACGUAAGCAGAGGGGAAAUGCAUUGUGUUUUCAGAUGUCGUUUUUAGUACAUUUUUAGUGUUUUUCAUUCAUAUCCAGCUGUAUAUUACAAAAAUCCUAAAUUACAAUAAUUUACUUAAGCUGAGCUGUUGGAGGGGGGAAGCUCACAGUAUGGUUAAGCUUUGGGGAAAUUUUUUUUCAGGGAUCUUUAAAAAAAUGUUUUUAGAGCAUGAAAAAUGUUUAAUGGGGCAAGUUAGAGAAGAAAUAUUUGGUAAAGUAAUACCAUGCCAAUUAUUAGCUUUAAUUGAGUUUAGUACUUGCUUUUAACGACCCUCUGCUGCCAUUACGAAAAGAUCAACCAGGAACCUUUAACAGAGUUGAUGAUAUUGUGUUGACAAGUCAAAUAGGACUAGACAAGCUCAUUUUCUUUGUCUCUCCCACCCCCUAAACCUAAUUUUCUCACUAGCAUAAAUUUUAAAUUCCUGAUCUGAUUUAGUUCUGGGAUUCUAUAUGCUCUGAUUUAUUGAUA